CCAAGGGGAAAAAAAGCCCCCCAAGGAAGGCCCGGCGCGGGAAAGCGGGGGGCUGGCGGAGACGGCCCGGCGUGCCACCGGCCCCCGCCACCCGCCCGCCGGCGUGGCACCGAGCCCGGAGGUGGGAUCAAGCCGAGCCCCGGCUAAUCCCCUCCCCGUGGCCUCGGGGCUUUAUAAUCCGCCCCCCCGCCCGGGGCCGGCCGCCGCGGCACUCAGCAUGGCCCAGCAGCGCCUGGUCCAGCUCUCCACGCAGCGCCCCACCAGCACCGUCUGCGUGCUGGGCACCGAGCUCUCCGUCGACGUCUGCGGGGCAGCGCCCAAAGAUGCCGCCUCGUUUCACGCCCAGGGCACGGCGGGCGUGAAGAUCUACGUGGUGCACGACACGCAGAGCGUGAAGCUGCCGUCGAGCGUGGCCCGCUGGCCCCUGGGUGCCGGCGUGGAGGUGCUGGUGGCCAUGGAGGCCCUCAGCAAGGACGUGGGCGACGAGAAGGUCCGCGUCUCCUAUUUCGGCGAGGACGGCGGGGUGCCCGUGGGCAGGGCGAUGCUCUAUCUCACCUGCGUGGACGUCUCCCUGGACGCCGACACCAGCCGCAGCGGGGCCGUGAACAAGACGCUGGCGGAGAAGCGCACCUGGACCUGGGGCCCCGAGGGCCACGGCCCCAUCCUGCUCGUGAACUGCGACCGCGACGAGCCCGCCGCCGGCACCGAUGCCGCCACGCGCUCCUACAAGGACCUGAAGGACAUGUCGCAGCUGGUGCUGCGCACCCGGGGGCCCCGCACCAUCUUCGCCGGCCACCGCCUCGUCCUGCACGUGAGCUUCAGCGACGCGGAUAAAGUCGGCGUUUUCUACGGCGGCAACACCCCCUCGCCGGAGGAGUACAAGCACGUGCUGGGGGGCGAGAAGCUCUCGUACGCCGUGAAGCCCAGCCGCUACCAGGAGGAGAGCGUCUUCUACGUGGAAGGGCUCUGCUUCCCGGACGCCGGCUUUGCCGGGCUGCUGGCCUUGCACGUCACCCUCCUGGACAGCCCCGAGAAGGGCCUGCUGGAGACGCCCGUCUUCACGGACACGGUGGUUUUCCGCGUGGCCCCUUGGAUCAUGACGCCCAACACGUUGGCGCCCGUUGAGGUCUACGUGUGCAGCGUGGCCGGCAACGAGGACUUCGUGGCUGCCGUGAGCGCCCUGGCCGAGCGAGCCGGCUGCCCCGUCACCGUCUGCCCGCUGGUGGAGAACCGCCACGACCGCUGGAUCCAGGACGAGAUCGAGUUCGGCUACGUGCAAGCGCCCCAUAAGACGUUCCCCGUGGUCUUCGACUCGCCCCGCGACCGGGGGCUCAAGGACUUCCCGGCCAAGAGCAUCCUGGGCCCCGAUUUCGGCUACGUGGCCCGGGCGGCGCGGGAAGGCGUCUCCAGCCUCGACUCCUUCGGGAACCUGGAGGUGAGCCCCCCCGUGACGGUGCGGGGCAAGGAGUUCCCGCUGGGGCGCAUCCUCGUCGGCAGCAGCUUCCCCAGGUUCGGCGGCCGGAGGAUGGCGAAAGCCGUCCGGGAUUUCCUGAUGGCCCAAGGGGUGCAAGCGCCCGUGGAGCUCUUCUCCGACUGGCUCGCCGUCGGCCACGUCGACGAGUUCCUCAGCUUCGUCCCCGCUCCCGAUCGGAAGGGUUUCCGGCUGCUCCUGGCCAGCCCCAGCGCCUGCUACCGCCUGCUCAAGGAGAAGCAGGACGAAGGCUACGGCGAGGCGGUGAUGUUCGAGGGGCUCAAGGAGGUCCCCAAGCCAACGGUCAACGAGCUCCUGGCCGACGAAGCCCUGCGCAAGUACAACGCCUUCGCCCAGAGCUGCAUCAGCUGGAACCGGGACGUCCUCAAGCGGGAGCUGGGCCUGGCCGAGAAGGACAUCGUGGACGUGCCGCAGCUCUUCAGAGGCGACGGCGACGCGGGCGCCCGGGCGUUUUUCCCCGGCGUGGUCAACAUGCUGGUGCUGGGCAGACACCUGGGCAUCCCCAAGCCCUUCGGGCCGGUCAUCCGCGGGCAGUGCUGCCUGGAGGAGAAGGUCCGCUCCUUGCUGGAGCCCCUGGGGCUCACCUGCACCUUCAUCAACGACUACUUCUCCUACCACGUGCUCGCCGGCGACGUCCACUGCGGCACCAACGUCCGCCGCAAGCCCUUCGCCUUCAAGUGGUGGCACGCGGUGCCCUGAGCCCGGCGGCGGUCCAGCGCCCGGCCGCCCCCCCCCCCCGCAUCCCCGCUCCAUCCUCCCCGCAUCCCGCCCCCCCCGCCCCGAGCGCGGGGAUUAAACACGAGCGUGAUGGAAAGCCAGCGCCGAGUGGGCUCGUGCGGCGCCGGGCUUCGUACCCACCGCCUCGAGGUCCCCCCCCAACCCAAAAAUACCGGGGGGGGGGCCGGGCGGUGAUUUGGGGAGGGCCCGCGGAGCCGCGUGCCGGCAGGCUGCUGCCCUCUAACGGCUACGGAGCCGCUCCUUCCUCCGGGAAACCCUCGGGACCGGCAAAAAAAAAAAAAGAAGAUUAAAAAAAAUUUAAGCUUAA